AUGGUAAUGAUGAUGAAGCCAUCACAUAAUACAACUUCCACAGCAGGAGACUCGAGUUUUCACAGAUGGAAUUCUCCAGUUCCGUACCUUUUUGGUGGGUUAGCAGUUAUGAUGGGAUUAAUAGCGUUAGCAUUGUUAAUUUUGGCUUGUUCUUACAAGAAACGUUCGUCGUCGACGGAAGAAUCAUCGUCAUCUUCCAACAACGUUAACGAUUCCGACGACGGUCGUCAAGAGAAGUCGUCGACGAAGUCAGUACAGACAUUGAGACCAGAAAUGGAACCAAAAUUUGUGGUGAUUAUGCCCGGAGAUUACAAUCCUACGUGGUUAGCCAAGCCCGCCAUGCCUACUCGUCAAGGUCCUGACCAAGUUUGA